AUGUUAAAUAUUUGGUCCAAAUCAGACAAGGAGCAGGUUCCCAAAAUUGUUCCUAAAUUAGUAAUUUCAGCCCAAGCGGCUACAGGUGUCUUCAGUGCUCCAGGGUCUGGUGGCUUUGAGAGACUGACCGUGUUGAUCUGUUAUUCCUCUGAUGCAGGUGUCUUCAGUGCUCCAGUGUCUGGUGGCUUUGAGAGACUGACCGUGUUGAUCUGUUAUUCCUCUGAUGCAGGUGACUUCAGUGCUCCAGUGUCUGGUGGCUUUGAGAGACUGACCGUGUUGAUCUGUUAUUCCUCUGAUGCAGGUGUCUUCAGUGCUCCAGUGUCUGGUGGCUUUGAGAGACUGACUGUGUUGAUCUGUUAUUCCUCUGAUGCAGGUGUCUUCAGUGCUCCAGUGUCUGGUGGCUUUGAGAGACUGAUAGUGUUGAUCUGUUAUUCCUCUGAUGCAGGUGUCUUCAGUGCUCCAGUGUCUGGUGGCUUUGAGAGACUGACUGUGUUGAUCUGUUAUUCCUCUGAUGCAAGUGUCUUCAGUGCUCCAGUGUCUGGUGGCUUUGAGAGACUGACUGUGUUGAUCUGUUAUUCCUCUGAUGCAGGUGUCUUCAGUGCUCCAGUGUCUGGUGGCUUUGAGAGACUGACUGUGUUGAUCUGUUAUUCCUCUGAUACAGGUGUCUUCAGUGCUCCAGUGUCUGGUGGCUUUGAGAGACUGAUAGUGUUGAUCUGUUAUUCCUCUGAUGCAGGUGUCUUCAGUGCUCCAGUGUCUGGUGGCUUUGAGAGACUGACUGUGUUGAUCUGUUAUUCCUCUGAUGCAGGUGUCUUCAGUGCUCCAGUGUCUGGUGGCUUUGAGAGACUGACUGUGUUGAUCUGUUAUUCCUCUGAUACAGGUGUCUUCAGUGCUCCAGUGUCUGGUGGCUUUGAGAGACUGAUAGUGUUGAUCUGUUAUUCCUCUGAUGCAGGUGUCUUCAGUGCUCCAGUGUCUGGUGGCUUUGAGAGACUGAUAGUGUUGAUCUGUUAUUCCUCUGAUGCAGGUGUCUUCAGUGCUCCAGUGUCUGGUGGCUUUGAGAGACUGACUGUGUUGAUCUGUUAUUCCUCUGAUACAGGUGUCUUCAGUGCUCCAGUGUCUGGUGGCUUUGAGAGACUGACUGUGUUGAUCUGUUAUUCCUCUGAUGCAGGUGUCUUCAGUGCUCCAGUGUCUGGUGGCUUUGAGAGACUGACUGUGUUGAUCUGUUAUUCCUCUAAUGCAGGUGUCUUCAGUGCUCCAGUGAGAGGAGUACAUGGACUUUGGUUUGUUCAGGAAUGACCAGGGUGUAAUGUGGAAUGGACAGUACAAUAGUCACGGAAGGUGACAUUAUCUCUCCAAUUCUGGGACUCUAGAACUGGAGGAGGGGGACUUGGUCUACAUGCGUCUCCCAUCAGGCUAAAGGAUCUAUGAUGAUUCUAAUAAACACAGCUCCUUCAGUGACUUCCUGCUCUUUCCUAUGUGAGAUGAACACCACAAUAGCUGUAAUAAAAAGUCCAAUCUGUUAUAACAUUCCAUGAAACAUUAUGACGCUAAAAUAAAAUGACUUAGCGUCUUCUGUUGUGUUGACGUUUGACUGUAUUUACUAUGAUAUAGAUGAAUGUUAUUCAGCUCAGUAGUUUGGGUGGAAGGCAAAGGGUCAGCGUUGGGGGUUAAAGUGGUAAUAUAUUUAUUGUAUGUAACUACAGACUGAAUUAAAUAACCUUCCAGAUCAGUUUAACUGACAAUUUCCAUCAGAAAUUGAUCGAUUACGAUGCUAAAGUGAAUGUUUAAGUGAUAAAUCACAUCCACUUCAUUCUUUCUCUGCUUAAUGAUAACACCAGCAGCCCAUUUAGCCUAUUAAAGCUAUACUGCUCCCAUAUUGAUCUGUUACACCUAUCCAUCUACUAACCGACAUACAGGCUGGAGAGUAUCACCAAACACAGACAGCAAACUUUAAAGGUACAAUCCUGAGUUUGUGUCAGCCCAACAGCAGCCCAUCCACUUGGUUUGGUGUGAAGCUUAGAGAUGGGUCUAGUCCUGCUUGGUAACAUUAUUCCUAAAAAAAGUUUCAGAAGUUGCACCUGUGCUUGUAGUGAAGAGAUGCACGACAUGGCAGUUUGGAACUCAGGAGGGAGUGUUGAAACUGAGGGCAGACACUUUUUACGCGCUACACCCUUCAGCACUCGGCAGUCCCGUCCUGUGAGCUUGUGUGGCCUACCACGUAGCAGCUGAGUUGUUAUUGCUCCUAGACGUUUCCACUUCACAAUAACAGCACUUACAGUUGACCGGGGCGGCUCUAGCAGGGCAGAAAUUUGACAAACUGACUUGUUGGAAAGGUAGCAUCCUAUGACGGUGCCACGUUGAAAGCAGUUCUUUGUGUAGGUGAAGAAUAUAAAUGACUGGGUCAUUUGUACAUGU